AUGCCGAGCUUCAGGGACCAUGAUGUUGAAUACGAGCAGCAGCGUGCUAUACUUAACCCUAUGCGCGCUCUGGUGGGACGUCGCCAGCUCGAUCCAGGCCCUUCUCCCUCACCUCGAUACUACAGCGACUGUCCCUUCGAGACGAGUCCACCGGACUUUCUGCAGUCCAUGCCAGGGGGGACAAAGGUGUUUCCUCUCUAUGAUUGGGGAAUGGACGUUGAUCCGCGGAUAUGGGUGGACAAUCACUCCGACUCAGUCUCGGCGGUGGCGGCUUUUACGGACCAAGCCCGCACCUCGCGGAUACCGUCCUUCAGUCAGAAAAUGACUCCCCCGGGAAUAAUCAGCUGUCGAAGGGUAUCUGCUGUAGAUAUGCGAUACCAGAUUGUCAAUCUCCCGCCCGGAACCUAUACCCUGGCAUACUACUUUCACUUCACUCAGCCCAGUCGAAUUCUCGAUGACCCCAACCCCCUAUUCUUUCGUCAUAGCGCAGACCACUUCGCGCCCAAUGGCGAUAAGCCCUCAAGACCGGGAUACCCAACCAAUCUCUGGAUCAUGUCUGGCGUUUACGGCCACGGCGGCGGCAAGAGAACUCUCAAGUCGUGGAGCAAGCAAUGGGAUACCAUGCACGAUGCGGAUCUUCACCGCAAUCUGUUCCCUAAGGAAGGUGGAGCUGUCGCGUGUUCGCAGCUAGACAGCCCGGCGAUUGAAGCCGCGCAUACGGCGGGCGGCUGGGUGUCGCUCGGACAUGGCGCCCCGGACACAAAAGGCGUCGGCGCCAUGGUCAUGUUGGUCAGUGGGGCAGCGCCUGCGCAUGAAUUGGUCCUCAAAAAGGAUCUGAACAACGUUCUCGUCACGAUUUCGGGAUUCGAUGGAAAGUGGGUUGGGAGGUGGCGUUUUGGAGGGAUCAAAUUGCGUCGGGUACAAGUGUAG